AUGUUUAACAACGUGUCUUUAUACUUAUUUUACGAAGACUUGAAAAAUGAUGCUAGUACAAAUGAAUAUAGUGAUUAUUACAAUAAAAUAAAUAAUUUGACAGGUAAUCAUAGCUGGAUUGGUGAUUUAUUUAAUAAACUAUGUAGAAACAUCUCAAUGAUCAACAAUAAACAUGAUAUUAAGGACGAAUUCGAUAAGAAGCACUGUUUUGAUUUAAAUUACUGGUUAUACGAUCAAGUCUAUACUAAUCUUCAAUUGAGUAAAAACUUUGGGGAAUUAAGAACUAUUGUUUCUAAGGUUCAAGAGGUAUGGAAAAAUAUUGUUGACAAUACGUUUAGAAACAAGGAUUACAAAUGCAAUCCAGACCAAAAAUUAUACAAUUUUGAUAUAAUUAAAAAGGAAAUUAUCGCUGACACUCUUAAUUCAUGUUAUGAAUAUCGAGAAUAUCUUACACAAAGAAUUGCAAUAUAUUAUACUUGGAGAUAUUCGUGCCGUGUAGAUGGUAGUACUUGUAAAAGGUUUAUUGAUAAUUACAUGAAAUAUCGUCCAUCAGGUAUUAUAUUAUCUUUAGGCUGGACUAUUUACUUUACAUAUAAUAAUUAUCCAUGUUAUGAAGAAGUUCAUGAUAUAUUUGGUGCUGCAAAAAGAUUUACUUUACGGGAUGAAAAUUUACAUACAGAUUUCAUGGAAAAACAUUCAAGUUUAAAUUCUGACAAGAUUUAUUCACAAUUAGAGCAGACGUUGUGGCAAGUGUACCUCGUUUUCUUCGAACAAUGUGAGAUGCGUUCUAUUUCAUAUUUAAGACUGCUAUGCCAAUUGUGUUUUUUGCAUUUGGCGCAUUCCUUCUUAUUUACAUGA